AUGUCGACCAAAAAAAUUCCGACUAUUGCUGAAAAAAUUGAUCAACAAAUACGGGAUAUUCCUAAGAAAUUAGUUACUGAAUUGGGUUUAGAUAAUAGUGAUGGAUCAACAUUAGAUGGGCUUACAGAUGAUUUUGAGAAUGUUGAGAUUAUCUCUCUUAUUAAUUGUCAAAUCACUAGUUUAGAAAAAUUUCCUGCUUUGCCUAAUUUGAAAAUUAUUGAUUUAUCUUCUAAUAAUAUCUCAACUGGUUUAAAAUAUUUAAACAAAUGCCAAGAGUUAGCUAUUAUUAAUAUUUCUGAUAAUCCAAUUUCUGAUUUUAAUGAAUUAUCAUCGUUAAAAGAUCUUGAAAACUUAAGCAAAUUAAUUGUUUCUGGUUCUGAACUUACCAAUCUUCCAGAUUAUGCUAACAAAAUAUUUGAGCUUUUACCUCGUUUGACAUUUGUUGAUCAUCUUGAUAAGGAUGGAAAUCCAGAUCCAGUUGUAUUGGAACUUGCUGGUGGAGAAGAUGAGUGUGAUGAAAUGUCAUUGGACGAUUUUUUGGAACUUGCUGGAGGAAAUGACAGCAAUGUAAAAGAUGAAUGUUGUGAUAGUGACAAAUCUUGUGGAGCUAAAAGAAAAUGUGACAACAAUAGUGAAGAAAAUGUAAAAAAAAGACGUAGUGAUUAA